GCGGGAGCGGGAGCCCCAAGGGCGCCUGCCCUUGGCCUUGGCCGAACCGGGAGCCAGCGUGAGUUAAAGUUUGAGAGGCAUCAGGCUGGGCUGACCCUCUGCAGAAUUCUUUUCCUUGGCCGUUGAAGCUCUCACUGCUUCUGAAGAAGACUGAAGCUUAAUGUGAAUCAUAGCAGCCAAAAGAGCUCCCAUGAUCUCAAGCUGCACAGUGUGGUGAACAGUUACACACUGACUGUCCUGGGCAGACCACAUGCACCAUAUUUUAGGAAGGAUCUGAUAAGCCGAUGAGUAUCCAGAGGAGCCAACCGUGAUAAGGAAGGGCCUCAAGAGCAUGUUAUAAGAGGGAGCAUUGAGGACACAAUGACUGUCAGCAUAGUUUACGAUAACUCUGAGGCCAUGGAGCUGUGUGCAGCUCAGAACCUGUAUCUGAAGCCUAUAGCCAGACUGACCAUCAAGGUGAUGCUGCCCGAAGAUCUCACAUACACUAGAUCAUUUUCCAACUGGGAGAUACUAGACCAGCUGAAGAAUCUCAUUUGCCCAGAUCAGUUUAGCACUGUCCGAUUUUCAAAGAGCACCAAGGACUUCAUUCGAUUUGAGGGCGAGGCAGAGACCAGAAGUCUGGUUCAGAUCCUGAAGGCAAAACUGCAUGGGAAGAUCAUUAGGCUGAAUGGAUUGAAAAACGGCUUGAAAAUAGUGGCCACAGAUGCCUGGCUAGACUUCCCAUCCCAGCAAGAGUGGGAAGUGGCCUCCCAGAAAAACAAGGCAGCAAGUGAUGAGCUUCUUAAACAAAACCUUAAUGAGAGCCCCGAUUCCAUCUACUUUCAGGGGUUGCCCUGCAAGUGGUUUGCAUCCAAGGGCUCCAGUGGGAAAAAGCCAUGUGAAGAGAUCCUCAGGGUGGUGUUUGAAAGCUUCGGGAAAAUAAAGAACAUCGAUAUUCCCAUGCUUGAUCCUUACCAAGAAGUGAUGGCCACUGGCACCCUCAGCCAUUGUACCUUAGGCAGCCUUCCGACCUUUGAAGCCUUCAUCCAGUAUCAAGAGUAUGCUGACUUUGUCAAAGCCAUGGAAUCUCUGAGGGGAAUGAAGCUGAUGCUCAAGGGGGAAGAUGGGAAAGCCCUGGCCUGCAACAUCAAGGUUAUGUUUGAUACAACCCAGCACUUCAGUGAGGGAGCUAUAAGGAAAAGAAACCAGGAAAGGUUAAAAUUACAAGAGCUGGAACAGGAAAGAAUAAGAGAAAAGAAGCGAGAAGAAGCAGAAAGGAAACGGAAAGAUGAUGAGAAGAAGCUCCAAGAGAAGAAAAGGAAAACCAAGAUCAAAAGAAAAGAACAGAAGCAGAAACCAAAGGAGGAGAAGCGCCCGAAAAAGAGAGCUAAAGCUGAGGACUGUGGAAAAGUUAACAACCAGGAGGUGGAGAACCCUAAAGCCAAAGAAGCUUGCAUUCCAGAGUGUGAGGUGAAGACAUUGAAGAAGGAGGAGCCAAACCCUCCAAAUCGUCUAUGCCAAGAGGCAAAGAAGAAAAUGUCUAAGAAAAAGUCUGUCAAGUAUGAAAGAACCCUAAUCCCCCAAACCAAGAAGAGGAAUGACUUAUCUGAAUCUUCUUGCCAUUCGGAGAAAACCCUUCUAGAUGACUCAAAUGAAGGAAAAGGCACUGACAGAUUAAUACCUGACACACGCCAGCACAGUUUUGCUCACUCAAACUCCUUACAGAUUACAAUUAAGCAGGACUUGACCCAGGCAGUCCAGUCUGUUGAAGAAGAAGACUACGACGAAGAAGACUACGACGAAAAAGAAGACUACGACGAAAAAGAAGACUACGACGAAGAAGAAGACUACAAUGAAGAAGAAGACUACGAUGAAGAAGAAGACUACGAUGAAGAAGAAGACUACGACGAAGAAGAAGACUACGAUGAAGAAGAAGAAGAUUGGCAUGUAUGGAAUAAAUCCUCUCCACCCAAGGUCUAUAAAGAAACCCAUGCCAGAAGACAGAAAAUCUAUGAAACUGAUGAAUUUAUUCACUACUUGUUAAAUUACUAUCAUCCUCCAAAAUAUGCUCGUAUUUAUGAAGACCCAAAGAGUCCCGCGGGCAAAUAUCGGUGGCACAGGGAGGUCCAUGCCAAUGGAAAUGGGUUUCUGAUCACCUUGCACCGGUCAGACCAUCACGUCAUGCAAAAUGGGCAAAAGGUCGGUUGGGCCCCAAAGGAUGAUCAGCAGUGGAAGCUUGCCUAUCAGGAGUUAGAGCCCAGACCAAGAGAGGCUAUAAACAUAAACUAUGCUGAAGAGUUCGCAAAGCCAGUUAAACAUCAUUACAUAGACCCAAGCAAUGAAGUUGCUGAUCUUGUGUCUAAUGUGGGUGGACAGCAGUGCCUUUGGCAGAACUCCUAUAUUAGCCCUGUCAAAGACUCCAGGCUUAGGAGUAAGAGAAAGAGUUCUUCCCAAUCCAAGUUUGCUGGCUUCUCUCAUGAGGUAACAGACUACUUAGAAGAGAUUAGUAGUGAUUCUGAUUGCUUUAAUGAGACAUUGAGUGAAGAGAGUGGGCAGCAAAGCCCUUUUCCAAAUGUAGGCCGCUUGGUGAAGGUGAUGGAGCCAGGCAGUCCAGAUUACUACAGUGAAAUUAUCGCCUUUGAUCAAGAAAAGAAAUGCAGCCAUUGUGGCAUGUGCCCAAAGUUAAAACCCAGCAGCUUGACAAAGCCCCUUAGAUCCAAGCUUAAGAAACCAGUUAAGAGGUCCAGGAAUGAAUUAAAAUGCCCAGAGCCCAAAGGUGAAUGUGAAACCAAUGGAGUUGAGAAGAAUACCAGAAAAAAGAAGAAAAAGCUCCUUGUGGAAGACACACUUGAUGAAUACAACUGCCCUGCACCAGACCCCAGCAGCUUACGGUCCUUCAAAAAACCCGAGAAGAAACGGAGCAAAACCAUGGAAUUCAAAAUGAAAUGUAAAGCUUCUUGUGUGCCAAUAGCAUCUUCACAAAAUGUUGAUGUCCCUCAGUUCCAAGAGUUUUCUGAAGAUAUGAGUGAUCCUUGGCAGAAGCUGAAAUCUGAUCCAGUCAUAGGCACCUCCAACAGAUAUGUUAAGUGGAAAGACCGAACCCUGAAUUCCAGUGGUUGUCUCACCAGCUGUGACAGUCCAGAUCCUUUUGCCUCUGAAAAUGGUUUUGAAAAGAGAGCUUCAGUCUUUAAAUUGAAGAGUUUCUGAAAGCCGCUGAGCUCAGACACCCAAUUUCUGUCUUAAUGGUAAAUGAUUUGAGAAGAGAAAAUCAAAAAAACACAAAGCAAGACCUUAGGAAUUCAUCAGCUAGAUAGCAAGAUGUCACUUAAAAUUUUAGUUGUGGCCAAUUAACCCCUCAUCUCUAGUAUAGCUCAUACAUUGUGAUGACAGCAGGUAUGUUAGUAAGGCUUGGGGAGAUUUGUAAAAUGUGCUUGCAGAUCACUGCUGGCUAAGAGUGAGCAGUCCAGUAGUUUAAUUGAACCUUCAAUAGAGCGUCCAGCACGGUGCAAAUAUAACCUGCAGAGUAAGGAAGCAUCCUUAGCCACAUUUUCUUUGCUCUUCCCCGGUUGUUACCCAAAACAACAGCUGUGAAUAGUGGGGAUCUUUUUCUGUUUUCUCUCAUUUUGGUCAAAAGUGAUCUAUGCUGCAAGAAGCAUGAUGUUUGCCUUUAGUAGGGGUUCCUAGCCUUUUUGUGUCUUGGACCCCUUUGACAUCAGUCUGGUGAAGCCCA